AUGAAUAAACAAUUCCAAAAAUAUUUUUUCUCAACAUAAUAGAAAUCUUUAAAUUAAUUCUACAUCCCUAAUAAGGUUUAACCUUUGCAAUUUAAUCCUCAAUCCAACUCUCCAGGUACCCUAUCCCCUAAAAUAUAAAAAAAUUCCCCCUGGACAAAAGACGAAGUAAUUGAAAGUACCGAAAAACAUGUAGUUUUUACCUGGGGAGCUACCGAUACUAUGAGAAAAUCAGCAAAAGACUUCGUAAGAGGUGAAGGUAUAUAUUUAAUCGACUAUGCCGGCAAUAAAUACAUUGAUUGGACUUCUCAAGCAGUUUCAAAUAAUUUAGGUUAUACAAUUCCUGAUUCUAUCCAUGACGCGAUUUCUAAAUAAUUAAAAACUCUUCCAAAUUUAUACGGUGGUCUUACUAUAUCAGAACCAAAAGCAAAAUUAGCAUAAAUCCUAAACGAUAUAACUCCUUCUAAUAUAACCGGUUUCCUAUUUCCAUGUACUGGUAGUGAUGCUAAUGAAGUAGCUAUUAGGGCCGCUAGACGUUUUACUGGAAAAUAAAAAAUACUUACUAGAUAUAAAUCUUAUCAUGGAGGGAGCAUUGGUUCAUUGACUGCUACUGGGGAUUUUAGGAGGUAAUUCGCUGAAAAUGGAGUUUCUGGUUUUGUAAAAUUCUUUGAUUUCUAAGCAAUGUAGUUUUAAUGGGGGAAGAAUUAGGAAGAAAGUAUUAAUAAUUAUUUGGCUUAUUUGGAAGAAUUGAUUAUUAAUGAAGGACAUCAUACUGUAGCAGCUAUUAUGAUUGAAACUAUUACUGGAAGUGGAGGUGUUUUAAUAAAUCCGGACGGUGUUUUGAGAGGAAUACGUAGUUUAUGUGAUAAAUAUAAAAUUUUGCUUAUUUUAGAUGAAGUUAUGGUUGGUUUGGGAAGAACAGGAGAAUUUUUCAGCUUUUAAAGCUAUGAAGGAAUUGUACCUGAUAUUUUUACAUGUGCUAAAGGGAUAUCUGCAAGCUUUUUACCAUUAUCAGGAGUCGGGUUUUCGAAAGAAAUUUAAGAUUACUUCAGAACAAAUGCUUUGGGAUGGGGAACUACUUUCUAAGCACAUCCAGUAUCAUGCGUUUGUGGAUUAGAAGUGAUUAAAUAUAUGAUUGAUAAGGAAAUUAUCUAACAUGUGAAGAAAUUGGAAAAAACCAUGCAUAAAAGAAUGGAAGGAUUACUGUAGAAACAUAAUUGUUUAAGAUAAGGGAGAGGAAGGGGACUUUUUGGAGCUUUCGAUAUUGUAGGAAAAGAUGGGUAGCUGAUUUAAAUGAAUUAUAGUGAUCCGAAUCCUGAACCAGUUAUAAAGUUUAAAUAAAGAUUAUUGGAAAAUGGCAUCUUUAUGUGGGUAAGGGCACCUGUUUUACAUUGUGCACCGCCUCUUAUUAUUACUGAAAGUGAACUUAAUGAUGGGUUUGAUAGACUUGAUGAUGCUUUAAAAGUUAUGGAUCAUUGAUUUUUUAUUUUUUAAUGUUUUUUAUUUAAAUUUAUAAAUAUUAUAUUGUUUUAUUUUAAA